GAAUUUUGGGAAUUUGAUCCCGAAUUUUUUGGCAGGGACGAGGAGCGGCGCGGGGCGGAGCGGCGGCGCGAGGAGAAGGCCAAGAAGAAGCUGGAGAGGAAGAGCCGGCGCGAGGAGGAGGAGGAGGAGGAGGAAGGAGGGGAGUGGGAGAAGGUCAAGGGCGGCGUGCCGCUCAUCAAGGAGAAGCCCAAGAUGUUUGCCAAGGGCACCGAGAUCACCGUGGGGCUCGUGGUGAAGAAACUCAACGAGAUCCUGCAGGCCCGCGGCAAGAAGGGCACCGACAGGGCUGCCCAGAUCGAGCUGCUGCAGCACCUGGUGGCCGUGGCCCACGAGCACAACCUGGGGGUGCCCCUGGAGCUGAAGAUCAAGUUCAACAUCGUGGCCUCGCUCUACGACUACAACCCCAACCUGGCCGCCUACAUGAAGCCCGAGCUGUGGCAGAAGUGCCUGGGCUGCAUCGAGGAGCUGCUGGAGCUGCUCUUUGCCCACCCCGAGAUCUUCGUGGGCGAGAACGUCCUGGAGGAGUCCGAGAACCUCAGCAACCCCGAGCAGCCGUUCCGUGUCCGGGGCUGCGUCCUGACCCUGGUGGAGCGCAUGGACGAGGAGUUCACCAAGAUCAUGCAGAACACCGACCCCCACUCCCAGGAGUACGUGGAGCACCUGAAGGACGAGGGCCGGGUCUGCGCCAUCAUCGCGCGGCUGCAGCGUUACCUGCAGGGCAAGGGCAGCCCCGAGGAGCUGUGCCGCGUCUACCUGCGCCGCGUCCUGCACACCUACUACAAGUUCGACUACGGCGCCGCCCGCAAAAAGGGGCGGGGCCGGCCAGGUGAGCUCAAACCAGGUGGGAUCAAACCAGGUGAGCUCUCAGGUGAGCUCUCAGCUCUCAGCUCAAACCAGGUGAGCUCAAACCAGGUGAUCUCUGCCCAGGUGAGCUCAAACCAGGUGGGAUCAAACCAGGUGAGCCCCGCCCAGGUGAGCUCAAACCAGGAGAGCCACGCCCAGGUGAGCCCCGCCCAGGUGAGCCCCGCCCAGGUGAGCGACGACGGCCAAGAGAAAGAAGAUGGACAAGAAAAGGACGGACAGAAGGACGGACAGAAUGAUGGACAGGUGAAAGAUGACGGACAGGUGAAAGAUGACGGACAGGUGAAGGAUGACGGACAGGUGAAGGAUGACGGACAGGUGAAGAGUGACGGACAGGUGAAGAGUGACGGACAGGUGAAGAGUGACGGACAGGUGAAGGAGGAAGAGGAGGAGGAGGAAGAUUCGGAGGCGCUGAUGGAGAGGCUGUGCAGGUUCGUGUACGCCAAGGACCGCACGGACCGGAUCCGCACCUGCGCCAUCCUGUGCCACAUCUACCACCACGCCCUGCACAGCCGCUGGUACCGCGCCCGCGACCUCAUGCUCAUGUCGCACCUGCAGGACAACAUCCAGCACGCCGACCCACCUGUGCAGAUCCUCUACAACCGCACCAUGGUGCAGCUGGGCAUCUGCGCCUUCCGCCAGGGCCUGAUCAAGGACGCGCACAACGCCCUGCUGGACAUCCAGAGCUCCGGCCGCGCCAAGGAGCUGCUGGGCCAGGGGCUGCUCCUGCGCAGCCUGCAGGAGCGCAACGCCGAGCAGGAGAAGGUGGAGAAGCGCCGCCAGGUGCCCUUCCACAUGCACGUCAACCUGGAGCUGCUCGAGUGCGUCUACCUGGUGGCCGCCAUGCUGCUGGAGAUCCCCUACAUGGCGGCGCACGAGUUCGACGCCCGCCGCAGGAUGAUCAGCAAGCAGUUCCACCACCAGCUGCGCGUCGGGGAGAGGCAGCCGCUCCUCGGUAGGGGGAGAUUCGGGGUCCCCCCCGAGUCGAUGCGGGAGCACGUGGUGGCCGCCUCCAAGGCCAUGAAGACGGGCGACUGGCGCCGCUGCCACCGCUUCGUGGUCAACGAGAAGAUGAACGGCAAAGUGUGGGACCUGUUCCCCGAGGCCGACCAGGUGCGCGCCAUGCUCGUCAGGAAGAUCCAGGAGGAGUCGCUCCGCACGUACCUGUUCACCUACAGCAGCGUCUACGACUCCAUCAGCAUGGAGACGCUGGCGGCCAUGUUUGAGCUGGACCUGCCCACGGUGCACGGCAUCAUCAGCAAGAUGAUCAUCAACGAGGAGCUGAUGGCCUCGCUGGACCAGCCCACGGCCACGGUGAUGAUGCACCGGACGGAGCCGACGGCCACGCAGAACCUGGCGCUGCAGUUGGCCGAGAAGUUGGGGAACCUGGUGGAGAACAACGAGCGGGUGCUGGACCAGCGGCAGGGCGCCUACGGGGGCUACUUCAGAGACCAGAAAGAUGGCGGAUACCGCAAGGGCGACGGCUACCUGCGGCGCGGCGGCUUCCGGCAGGAGCGCAGCAACUACUGAGGCACACCUGGGGAGCAGAGACACACCUGGCCCGCCGCGGGACCCUCACCUGCCCCACGGAGACCUCACCUGCCCCAUGGAUCCAUUACCUGCCCCAUAGAUCCAUUACCUGCCCCACAGAGGCCUCACCUGCCCCACAGAUCCCUCCCCUGCCCCACAGAUCCCUCACCUGUUACAUCGAGGGUCCCGCCGGUCGGAAAGCAAUAAAUGAAUUAUUAAAGAGUGCGUUAA